UUCAUUAACUUUUAGUUCAUUCCUACACACCCAAAAUGAACCGCCACUUACUAAAAUCCGCCUCUCGCACGGCCAUCUUACUAAUUUUUUUAGUACAUUUUACGGCAGCCGCAGCCGCACUACAGUCGCCGUUCGCUUGCGAUUCUCGGAAUCCAAGCACCAAAAAAUACGCAUUUUGUAGAACAGAUUUGCCUAUUAGAGAACGAGCCAAAGAUUUGGUAGGUCGUUUAACAUUGGAUGAGAAAGUUUCUCAAUUAGUGAAUACAGUCCCAGGCAUUCCUCGCCUCGGCAUCCCAGCAUACGAAUGGUGGUCCGAAGCGCUUCACGGGGUGGCCGACGCUGGGCUUGGGAUUUCACUAAGUGGUACAGUUAAUGGUGCUACUAGCUUUCCUCAGGUUAUUCUUACUGCUGCGUCUUUUGAUGUUCAUCUGUGGUACCGCAUUGGCCAGGUAAUAGGAAAAGAAGCAAGAGGAGUAUACAAUGUAGGACAAGCAAAAGGAAUGACAUUUUGGGCACCAAAUAUAAACAUAUUUAGAGAUCCGAGAUGGGGAAGAGGGCAAGAGACUCCAGGAGAAGAUCCAUUGAUGACUGCAAACUAUGCAAUGUACUUUGUUAGAGGUGUUCAAGGAGACUCCUUUGAAGGUGGGAAGCCGCUAAGUCACCUUCAAGCAUCGGCGUGCUGCAAACAUUUCACUGCUUAUGAUAUGGACCGUUGGCAUAAUAUCACUCGCUAUGUCUUUGAUGCUCAUGUAACAGCACAAGAUAUGGCAGAUACAUACCAGCCUCCAUUUGAGAGCUGCAUACACCAAGGAAGAGCCAGCGGCAUAAUGUGUGCCUAUAAUCGUGUCAAUGGAGUUCCCAAUUGUGCUGAUUACAAUCUCUUAACGAAGACAGCUCGAGGAAAAUGGGCUUUUGACGGGUAUAUUACCUCAGACUGUGAUGCGGUAUCAAUAAUACAUGACGCUCAGGGGUAUGCUAAAACUCCAGAAGAUGCAGUGGCUGAUGUCCUAAAAGCGGGAAUGGAUGUAAAUUGUGGUUCAUACCUGAAAAAUUACACAAAAUCAGCAGUAAUAAAACGAAAAGUUGCGGAAGCACAGGUAGAUAGGGCGCUUGAGAACUUGUUUGCAGUGAGAAUGAGGCUGGGUUUGUUUGAUGGCAACCCAAGAAAUCUGCAAUUUGGGAACAUUGGUUCUGCCCAAGUGUGCACUAAGUACAACCGCGCCUUAGCCCUUAAGGCUGCGCAAUCGGGCAUUGUUCUUUUGAAGAAUAAUAACAAGCUUCUUCCAUUAGCUAAAGGAAAAACCGCCUCCCUUGCUGUCAUAGGCCCUAAUGCCAAUGCUGCUAUGACACUUCUAGGAAAUUACCAUGGCCGCCCUUGCAGUUCUAUUACUCCGCUUAAAGCACUACAAAGCUACGUGAAGAACACAAGAUAUCACACUGGAUGUAGUAAUGUGGCUUGUUCUUCUGCUUCAAUCCAAGAAGCUGUGGCGAUUGCAAAAGGAGCAGACUAUGUGGUGCUAAUUAUGGGUCUGGAUCAAACACAAGAAAGAGAAGAUUUUGAUCGUACAGAUUUAGUGCUUCCUGGUAAACAAUCCAGUCUCAUCACACAGGUCGCUAGAGCUGCAAAGCGACCUGUCGUAUUGGUGAUCCUCUCAGGCGGUCCAGUUGAUAUUACUUUUGCUAAAGUAAAUCCCCACAUCGGCAGCAUUAUCUGGGCUGGUUACCCUGGUGAAGCUGGAGGUGUUGCACUUGCACAAGUCAUUUUCGGAGAUCACAACCCAGGUGGAAAAUUGCCAAUGACUUGGUAUCCGAGACAAUUUGUCAAAGUUCCAAUGACAGACAUGAGGAUGAGAGCAGACCCUGCCACAGGCUAUCCAGGGCGAACUUACAGGUUCUAUCAAGGCAGGAAAGUUUAUGAAUUCGGGCAUGGUCUAAGCUACACAACCUAUGCAUAUGAGUUCAUCUCAGUUCCUCAAAAGCGUCUGAAUUUAAAUUCAAUAGGAAGUUUAAAGGUUGCUAAUAAUGCUGAUUCCAUCAAGUAUGUUAUAGUUUCUGAUACGGCGUCAGAAUCCUGUAAAACGAUGAAAUUCUCUGCUACUAUUGGAGUGAAAAAUGAAGGAGAGAUGAAAGGUAAACACCCGGUGUUGCUGUACGUGAGGCAACAUAACACAGCCAAUGGAAGUCCGAUGAAGAAGUUAGUUGGAUUUCAGAGUGUGAAGUUGAAAGCAGGGGAGAAAAUAGAAGUGCAGUUUGAAUUGAGCCCUUGUGAGCAUCUCAGCAGAGCAAACGAAGAUGGGCUUAUGGUAGUAGAAGAAGGCACCCACUAUUUAGCCGUAGGUGACCAAGAGUUCCCCAUUGCUGUCAAUGUAGCUUGAUUGAUGACUUCUAUAUUGAUGAAGUAUCCAGCAUCAUCCCAUCAGAAGUUUUCUUCUCGCUGAAAGUCAGAUGACAGUAAAAAUUAUAGGCUGAGUUACUGAAUAACAGUAGCAAGUUCGCAACUGGCACUCUUACAUCAGAUGAAAUUUGCUUAUUUUUACUCGAAACUUCGAAAUUAAAAGAUAAAAUAAAGUAAAUUAUUCAUCUA